CACUUACUAAACCGAACUGGUUUAACAAACCCCACAAACAAUGUCAAUAAUUUGGAGGGAAGCAACAACCCUAUAAAUAGCCAUGGUUUUCCUUUCGAGCAAAUCAAGUACUAGAUCUUUAGUACUUCACUUCACCUUCUUCCUUCCUUUCUUUCUAUCUAUCAUUCCUUUUUCUUCCAUACUUGUUGCGUCCGUUUCCUUUUCCAAAUGGACAAGUCGAAUUCGGGUCGGCAGAAGAUCCCGAUCCGAAAAAUACCCAAGAAGAACCAUUUACAGGUCACCUUCUCCAAACGCCGCGCCGGACUCUUCAAGAAGGCCAGCGAGCUCUGCACCCUCUGCGGGAUCGAAAUCGCCGUCAUCGUCUUCUCCCCGGCCGGCAAGGCGUACUCGUUCGGACAUCCCGACGUGGGCUCGGUCGUCGGCAGGUUCCUGGCCCAUCAGGACCCGAUUCCGGACGGCGGAGGCGCUCAUCGCCGUCAAAGCGCCGUCGUUAAGGCCGGUGGUGGUGGUGGUGGGCUGAAGAACGCGCAGCUGGCCCAGAUUCUCACUCAGCUGGAAGCCGAGAGGGACCACGUGGAGAUGGUGGGCCAGGUGAUGAAGGCCCAAGAGAGCUGGCUGACUAGAUGUCCAGUAGAUGAACUUGGGCUUGAUGGGCUUGUGCGGUUGAGAAGCGAGCUGGAAGGGCUGAAGUUGGACGUUGCGAAGCAGCAGCGGAUUGCGCUGAUGGAAGCUGCCGCUGCUGCGAGUUAUCAUUCUUCUUCGUCCCAGUUUCUCGAGGUGAUGAACUAUUCUUCUUCGACGGGUGGCUGCAAGUUUUGAUCCGAAAACCUCAACGGAAUGUGGUGAAUAAGGAGGGCUCCUCUGUUUCGAAAAAACUACAUCGAUAUCAAUAUCGUAACGAUACUAUAGUCGUGCCAUCGACGACGUGCAAAACUGAAACACACAAAAAAAGAAGCGAUAUUGUAACUCACAAUUUCAUUAAUCGACGAAAGAAUUCCAAGUCGAAACAAGCCCCCGUCUUUUGCUUUUCCCCGGUUAGAUCUUGUUUGAGUUGCUAAAUCAACAAAAUAUUACAUAUGAUAUUUGAAUCGAAGCAAACUAAAGUAAGUAGCAAUUUCAUUAAUCGCAAAAACAAAAAAAAAUCAGGUUGUAAGAAGCUCCCCGCCGUCGACUUUUUUUCCGCUUGAUGUUGUUUGAGUUGCUAAAUCAAGAACACAUUACAUAUUUAAAUCGAAGUAAACUAAGAUGAUGAGACAUCUGGUUACUCCGAUUGUCAAAUCUAUGUAUUUUGGUCAAGACAUGUAUUAUAUACGUAUUUAAUGAAUUGGAUGUAUUAUG